AGGAGGCGUCAGUGUUGAGCAUCCAGCUAGCAGGAGGGUCAGUUUGACAGCCAGUUUGCUCGCAAAAAAACAAAGCUGCCCGCGCCAGCUGACGACAUUCGUUCGUGUUGCAGAUAUAAUGAAAUGAAGACAGCAUGGGAGCCAAAGAGUCGAGGAUAGGGUUCCUCUCGUAUGACGAGGCCAUUAAAAGAGUCACAGAUGUAGAACUCCAGCGUCUGAAAGAUGCCUUUCGCAGGACGAGCGGACUGUCCUAUUACAUGAGCCAGCAGUGCUUCCUAAGGGAGGUGCUUGGAGAUGUCGUGCCGCCCAGGGUUGCUGAGGUCAUUUACAGCUCUUUCGGCGGUAAUUCAAAAGGACUACACUUCAACAAUCUCAUUGUUGGACUGGUCCUCCUGACCAGAGGAAGAGAUGAGGAGAAAGCUAAAUACAUUUUCAGCCUCUUCGCCAGUGAUUCAGGCAGCCAUGCAACCCGAGAGGAUAUGGAGAGCAUGCUGCAGGCAGUGGACGGAGAGAUCCCUCUCUCUCUCAGGAAGUGUUUUUCCGAGGGUGAGAAGGUGAACUAUGAGAAGUUUAAGAGUUGGCUCCUCCAGAACAAGGAAGCCUUCACGUUCUCCCGCUGGCUCCUGUCCAGCGGGGUGUGUGUCACUCUGACAGAUGACAGCGACACGCCCACCUUCUACCAGACCCUUGCUGGAGUCACACACUUGGAGGAGUCUGACAUCAUAGACCUGGAGAAGCGGUAUUGGCUGUUGAAGGCCCAGUCACGGACCGGCAGAUUUGACCUGGAAACCUUCGGCCCUCUGGUUUCUCCUCCUAUUCAUUCCUCCCUGAGCGAGGGGUUGUUUCACGCCUUCGAUGAGAACAGGGACAAUCACAUCGACUUUAAGGAGAUCUCCUGUGGCCUCUCUGCGUGCUGUAGGGGUCCGCUGGCAGAAAGGCAGAAGUUCUGCUUCAAAGUGUUUGACGUCGACCACGACGGUGUUCUGUCUCGUGAAGAAGUCCGGGACAUGAUUGGGGCGUUGCUCGAGGUUUGGCAAGACAACCGCACGGACCCUCUCCCUGAAGCGCACAGUAAUGUGUCAGACAUUGUGGAGGACAUCCUGAAAGAGCACGACACCACUAAGCAAGGCCAUUUGACCCUCGAGGAUUACCAGAUAUGGAGUGUGAAGAGUCCCCUUGCCAAUGAGUUCCUCAACCUGCUGUUUCAGGUGUGCCAUAUUGUUCUUGGACUGCGACCUGCUUCUCCAGAGGAGGAAGGGCAGAUCAUCAGGGGCUGGCUGGAGAGAGAGAGCAGACAUGGCCUGCAGCCUGGAGACUACUGGUUCCUCAUCGCCGUGUCCUGGUGGCGACAGUGGAGAGACUACGUCAAAUAUGACGACAGGCGGAUCGUGGUGGAGCAGCCGUCAACGUUCGGCGGGGGGCGGAGGUUGGGAGGAGGCGCGGAGGCGGGGCCAGGCCGGGAGGGAACCCCUGGCUCCCACACAUCGGCCGACGACAAGUUCUCCGACAACAUCUCCAGCGCCUCCGAAGCCUCUGAGACCGCCAGCCCCAAUCUUCUCCCGCUCAGCUCGACGGACAUCUGCUUCCCCCGACAGCAGGACACCCCGGACUCAGACAGCCAGUGUGUCCUGGGGGCCGAUGGGGCCAGGGCGGUGUUGAGGCCGGGGGCCAUAGACAACCAGCCUCUGGUCACUACAGAGCCUCUGAAGGCUCCCACCCUCACCAUGGAGGGGGCUCUGCUCCGACGCUUCCCCUCCCUCAUCCUAGGGAGGGACUUUGAGCUGGUCCCAGAGCCGGUGUGGAGGGCCCUGUACCACUGGUACGGUGCCAACCUCAGCCUGCCCAGACCGGUGAUCAGGAACUCCAGGACAGAGGGAGCCGAGAUGGAGCUGUUCCCCAGACACCUGCUGUUCCUGAGGCAACAGCUGCCCGCACGCACCCCUCAGUCCACCGCCUGGGUCAACAUGGGGAACGUGCCCCCCCCCAGCGCCCCCCUGAAGCGCGUGCUGGUGUACACGGGCUGCUUCAGCAGGGUGGGGACCAUCAGGGACAUCCACGACUACCUGGCUCAGAGACUCCGCAUCAAGGAGGAGGACAUGAGGCUGUGGAUCUACAACAGUGAGAACUAUCUCACCCUGCUGGAUGAUGAGGACCACACUCUGGAGGGGCUGAAGAUCCCAGAUGAGCAGUACAUGGUCAUUGAAGUGCGGAACAAGGACAUGAGCUGGCCCGAGGAGAUGUCCUUCAUCGCUAACAGCAACAGGAUGAGCCGUCACAACGUCCCCACAGAGAAGGGAGCCACAGGCCUCAGUAACCUUGGAAACAGCUGCUUCAUGAACUCCAGCAUCCAGUGUGUGAGCAACACUAAGCCUCUCACUGACUACUUCACCUCAGGGACACACCUCUACGAGCUCAACAGGACCAAUCCUAUCGGGAUGAGGGGUCACAUGGCCAAGUGCUACGGUGACCUGGUGCAAGAGCUGUGGAGCGGAACGCAGAAGAACCUGGCGCCCCUGAAACUCAGAUGGACGAUAGCAAAGUACGCUCCUCGCUUCAACGGCUUCCAGCAGCAGGACUCCCAGGAGCUGCUGGCCUUCCUGCUGGACGGGCUCCACGAGGACCUGAACCGCGUCCACGACAAGCCCUACGUGGAGCUCAAGGACAGCGACGGACGACCCGACUGGAAGGUGGCCUCUGAGGCCUGGGACAACCACCUGCGGAGGAACCGUUCCAUCGUGGUGGACCUGUUCCACGGCCAGCUCCGGUCCCAGGUCAAGUGCAAGACGUGCGGCCACGUGAGUGCUCGCUUCGACCCUUUCAACUUCCUGUCCCUGCCCCUGCCCAUGGACAACUCCAUGCACAUGGAAAUCAUAGUCAUCAAGCUGGACGGCUCGGCCCCGGUGCGCUACGGCCUGCGCCUCAACGCCGACGACAAGUACACGGGUCUGAAGAGACUAGUGAGCGAGCUGUGUGGCCUUAGGCCUGAGCAGAUCCUGCUGUCUGAGGUCCACGCCUCCAACAUCAAGAACUUUCCGUCAGAUAACCAGAAGGUGCGCCGGGCGGUGAGCGGUUUCCUCUGCGCGUUUGAGAUCCCUGUCCCAGCCUCGCCCACGCCCACCCCCCCCCGCCGCUGCCACAGGGUGGUGGCGUACCUCCACACACCAGCUGUGUUUGUGUCCCCAGCAGAGAGAGCGUCUCCUGGCCUGGUGAACGGCGGCGUGGCCCUCGGCGGCGUGGCCCUCGGCGGCGUGGCCCUGGGCGGCGUGGCCCUGGGGGAGGGCGACUCUCCCGGGGUGGGGCUGGGGACCGAGGGCAUGCCCAGUACUGUGGUGCCCUGUGGGACGGAGCCCAGCCUCGAGGCCAGCCUCACCCCCGGCCUCGCCAACGGACAGACGCCGACCUCCCCCGACAGCCCCUUCAUCGGGUACAUCAUCGCCAUCCACAGGAAGAUGAUGCGGGCAGAGCUAUACUUCCUGUCGUCCCAGAAGAACCGGCCCAGUCUGUUUGGGAUGCCCCUCAUCGUGCCCUGCACGGUGCGCACCCGCGCCCGUGACCUCUACGACGCCGUGUGGACGCAGGUGUCCCGGCUGGCCAGCCCCCUGCCCCCACAGGAGGCCAGUAACCACGCCCUGGACUGUGAUGACAGCAUGGGUUACCAGUACCCCUUCACCCUGCGGGUGGUCCAGAAGGAUGGGAACGCCUGUGCCUGCUGCCCCUGGUACAGGUUCUGCAGAGGCUGUCCAGUGGAGUGUAAUGAUGACAAGGCGGCAGUAGGGAGCUCCUUCCUGGCGGUGGACUGGGACCCCACAGCCCUCCACCUGCGCUACCAAACGUCCCAGGAGAGGAUCGUGGAGGAGCACAGCAGCGUGGAGCAGAGCCGGAGGGCCCAGGCAGAGCCCAUCAGCCUGGACAGCUGCCUGCAGGCCUUCACCAGCGAGGAGGAGCUGGGUGAGGAUGAGCUGUACUACUGCUCCAAAUGUAGCACCCACCGCCUGGCCACCAAGAAGCUGGACCUGUGGAGGCUGCCUCCCAUCCUGAUAGUCCAUUUAAAGCGAUUCCAGUUCAUGAACGGGCGGUGGAUCAAAUCUCAGAAGAUCGUGAGGUUCCCCAGAGAUCAGUUUGACCCCAGUGCGUUCCUGACUCCGAGAGACCCAGAGGACGGCCAAUCAGAGUGGAAGGAGGCGGUGGGGGAGGAGCUUGACUCUGUGGGAGGAGCUAGAAGAGCUGGGGGUGGAGACACAAGCUCGAACACCGCCUUGAAUGUCAACAACGAGAAAGAUCCUCUGUGUUCAAGCAGGAUGACCAGCACCCCCAGCAGGGAGUCCAGCCCCUCCUCCAGCCCAGGGAGGGAGGCCAGGAGGCAGGGUCGGGCCCGAGGCUUCCCCCUGGGCAGCAAGCUCCAACUGUCCCUCAGCAAGGAGAGCCUGGACAGCGGCAGGGAGAGCCCCCUGGACCUGGGGCCCAGCCGGACGGGCAGCGACGCCGAGGGCCCCGGCCUGGACUCCACCUCUGGGGAGGACACGGCCAGGGACGGGGACGUCACUACGUCCGUCUCCGAGCUGGAGAGCAACGGCUUCACCGAGGACAGCAUGGACCUGGACGCUCCACACCAACACAGAGACCGCAUCAGCCUGGAGCCCAUUUACAACUUGUAUGCAAUUUCAUGUCACUCAGGAAUCCUUGGAGGAGGCCACUAUGUCACAUAUGCCAAAAACCCCAACGACAAAUGGUACUGUUACAACGACAGCAGCUGCAAGGAAGUGAGGUCAGAAGAGGUCGACAAAGACUCAGCCUAUAUCCUGUUCUAUGAGCAGCAGGGGGUCGAUCAUUCUCUGUUCAUGCCGAAAACCGACGGCAAAAAGAUGGCCGACACAAGCAGCAUGGAUGAGGACUUUGAGUCGGACUACAAGAAAUACUGUGUUCUCCAGUAGCCUGUGUCUGUGCUUCUCCACGCGCCAACAUCUCAUCAACGUGCUUGUGCUACAGCAACAUAUGUAAUC